GUGUGCGCCAAAACUGUCAAGAAGCGUAAAGGGAAAAUCGGAAAAUCCAAUCCGCUCGGCAGUCGUCGAUGUCAAUGUCGUUGCGUGUGGCCUGCUAACUAAAUUAAACAAAAAAGCGAAAAACUACAGAAAAUUGCCCACAACAAACAUAAAUUAGUUGACGAUUUAGUUAUUAUUUAAAUUGGUGAUUUAACAAUUGGCAGUGCAUGAAGUUAAUUGAAAUGAAAAAAAACCCCAAGGAAAACCAAGGAAAAAUGCAGUGCCCCAAAGUGUUGUGAGCCAAAUCAAUAAGAAAACAGUGAAAAUUCUUUUGGUAAUCGAAGGAGAAGAGGCGACCGCGACCGCGACCACGACCGCAACGAAGCUCGAAUGCAAAUUGCAUUAGACCCCAGCAGUAGCUUGGGGCCUUGCUGGCCCAGUUAAGCUGGCCCAAUCGAUGCGAAAACUUAUUAUGAAACAGCGGCAGGAAGGAGAGUGAAAGGAAAGGAAAAGUGGAAAGUGGAAAGUGUCAGGGAAAUGCGGAGAAGCUGCAGCCCCGCCGAGUAAACACAAACCCACAAAAUCGAUACUCGCGUGUACCUCUGUCUGGGCCAACCAAAAAAAAAAACUGGCAGCCCAAAAUGAAAGAAAUGUCAGUUUUUUGUUAACCAUUAUAGACUAGCGCACCCUGGCCAAGGUGGGAGGAGCCGGAAAACCCCCAAAAUGUGGAUCCCCCGAAUUGCAGUCAACCACUGGCUGUUGGUCACCACAGUUUUUUUGGCAUUGGCAAAAUUCGCUAUCACCGAUAAUUGUUUUCCAACCAUAUUCGGAUUUCUAACUUUCAUAUGGAUUCCGCAGGCCUCAGCCGAAUGUCAAACGCGUUCGAUAUACUGCUAUGAAUGUGAUUCCUGGACUGAUGCUCGUUGCAAGGACCCUUUCAACUAUACGGCUCUGCCCAGGGAUCAGCCUCCCUUGAUGACUUGCAACGGUUGCUGCGUUAAAAUGGUGCGGCAUCAGAGAUCACCGUACGAGGUGGUGCGACGCAUGUGUACGUCACAGUUACAGAUAAAUUUGUUUAUGGUCGAUCACGUUUGCAUGAUGGAAAGUUCAGGCAAUGGACAUAUGUGCUUUUGUGAGGAAGAUAUGUGCAAUUCUAGUAAAGAUUUACACACUAACGGUUGCCAGCUACAUCUCAUAACCAUCGCAGUGGCAAUGUCAUGGCUAAUGGGUCAACUGCUCAGCAGAUAGAAAGUGUUAGGCUCACCAUCCUUAGAGACCCACAAACAUACACACUCAGUACUCAAUUCAGAACUCAAAACACACACAACACCAAGAGUAUCCAACACACAACUCACUAUCUCUCUCUCCUUAUCCUUCUAACUCUAACUCUAUCUCUAUCUAAGCGUAUGAUUUGUAGCUUUAUUUGAUUUCAUUACGGUUACCGUUGCGAUUGAUUUGAGUUUGAAGCACAGUUUUUUUUCAAAGAACCUAAGGUAGUUUGAUCAGCACACCCGAAUCGAGAGCUCGAAUAGAUCCCGAUCCAAGGAAUGUGAAUGCAUACCAAAGCUUCCCCAGACCGAAGGCUUUCUCCUUUCUUACACACACACAAAAUCUACACACUUAAAUGAUACAUAAAUACACGUAAAGCCCAGCUUUGGAUGCACAGUCUUCUUGAGAAUCGAAUCGAAUCGAAUUGAACCGAAUCGUACUCGUAAUCGUACUCGUACUCGUACUCGGUAUUUGAAUUGCAUGUUGUUGAUGCUAAAGCUGAAGCAUGUAGCGCUUAAGUAGGACUCGUAGUGAUUAUUAAAUUUUGAUUUUGUUGUUACUUACAUUUGUAAAAGCCACCCUCUUGACCAGAGGGAUAUACCAAAAAAAAAAAUAAUAAUCGAAGCCAGUAAUCGAUUCACACUUUAAUAAGUUUUUAGACAUACAUACAUAUAACAAGAAAAUCCCUAUUUAAAUCAUAUGUAAACUUGGAAUAACUCGACACUCUGUAAAUAUCGCCAGACUAGUUUUCAAUAUCAUCCAAAAGUAUUUGCAGUAACCAAGUGAAACAUUUGCUCAUCUUGUUUAUUCCAAAGUCGGAAGCGAACUUCAUAAACGCCCUAGAACGUUGUUUUACUUUGUUGUUUAUAAUACAAGUAUGUAUCCUAGAUUUUAGUCAUUAAGCAUUGCAAACACUCGGUUCUUGCUUGGACCUAGAAAGCAAAAACAAAAAAAAAAAAGAAAUAACAUCAAGAAUUAAACGUAGAUCCCACAUCAUAUCACGUAAUCGAAGCAACAAUGAGACCGAUCGAUCUUAGUGUAGUUAGCCUCAUAGAAACCGCCGCCACCAGCACCAAACUGUAUAAAGUACCGAUCACCCUGGUCCCUUUGGUUUAUGUUCAACAAGUGAUAACUAGCUUGUAAGUAGAAGAGAUCCCCCGAUCCUCAUCCUGAUUCCCAAUCCGCACCCCAUGGUCCACUAAAUCCCCCCAUUAUGAAAUUGAAAUUGACUCAAUUCUCAUUCAUGCUAGUGAUAGUUUUAAAACGAAUCGAAUCGAAUCGGAACUUAUAGCUUACAUAGAUUAUGAUUUACAUUUUUGAAUUCGAAUUUGAAUCAAUAUUAAACAUUAAUUAAUAAUGGUUAUGAUUAUCAUCUCGACUAGAGUAUUCGACUUGAAGUUUUGUAUUUUAAGCAUAAAACUUUUCAUUUGUAAAAUUAAAAAAAAAAAAAAAGAUUGGCUAAUAAAAAAAAAACAACCAUUUUUUACCAUAUACCAUAUUGUAUAUCUUUAGCAAAAUUUACUAUCAACCUUUGCCGUUUUUUAAACAACAUUUUUAGCUUCAAUUUGCUUUAUCUACUUGCUACUAUUCACUUUUAAUCAACUUUCCAACAUUCGUGCACCUUUGCCCACGCAUUUGUAAAAUAUUUACCCCCUAGACUUGGCUUUAGUUUGAAAACUGCUUUACGAAAAUACAUUAAAAAAAAAAUAGAGUAUCCAUUUCCGUCCAGCCGGGGAGCAUGUGACCUAGUUCCGUUGCUUUUGGGCCCAGGUAAGUCACUAGCUGAUGAAAAAAGUUUAAAAAAACUAUUACUACCAAAAAAAAAAAAUUCAAAAGUCAAGUACAGUUGCGCACCGUUUCCUUAGUUCGCUCUCUUGCCUCGCUCGUAGAAUGGAUGGGGUAUCGGAUUUUAGCCGGCCUAUCUCGGUGGUAUUCACCUCACUCACACACUCCCAAAAGUAUCUCUAAGUCCUGCUCCCUCCCGGCCCCUCCCGGCCCCACUUGCCCACUCCCGUACACUUAGCGAAAAUCCCUUUGCAAUGUUAACACCAUUCGUUUUUGUGUUUGAUUUGUUUAGUUUGUUGCUUUCCUGGUAUGUUGGUUUGUUCAAUAAACAGAUAAACUUAUAUACUUAACCACAAAUAUAUAUCUAACCGAUUUUGGUUUGUGAAUGUUGACAAUAUUCUUAUAACCAGUAUUUGAUUGAUUGAUUGACGGUUGAUGCGUUUCAAAGUUUAUUAACAAUACAAAAUAAUACGAAACAAUACAGGCAACCAAGUUGAAAACACACACAGAUUUUUAGUGCAAAAGAAUACUAUUAUUUUAAUUUAGUACUUUUUGUAGAUCCAACCACCUAUCUAGCGCCAACAUUUUCUCUAUAUAUUUCUCUUUCUCUCUCUGUCUUUCUUUCUAUCUGAUCUGUUUAACAAUCUAUCAUUCUAUCUAACAACUCUGAUUUUUCCAAUAUUUUUACUAAACUUUCAAUCAAAACAAAAAGAAAAUUAACAAAAACUGAAACCACAUAGAACUCCUUCACUAGAGACACCAUCUGUAGCAUAUUUAUGAGGGAAAAUCACAAAUAACAAAGACACGAAAUACACUAAAUGUUAGCGAAAUAUAUACUGAAAUAGUUACUGAAUUUAGCGAAGCACCUAGUAACAAUCGUACCACUCAUGAAUAUUAUAUAACCUAUGGUGAAUUUUUACUACUUGUAGGCGCGUGUUUUUCCAAAAACUAUAAAAAACUAUGAAACUCUAAUUGAACUCGUUUUUGAAGAGCCCAUUGAAAAGUAGGGCCUAAGCUCCAUAUCCAUAGAUUCCUCACAAUACAAAAAGCACUAAAUUAAUAUCAAAGACUUUACCAAUAUAGCCAAAGUGCUAAUUAAUCGAAAUAUUGGUAUUGGUUGUUGAAUAUUGCAAAUACGAAAAGAAUCAGACAGACACGAUGAAACCAAACAAAAAAGAUCAGAAGAUAACACAAGACCAACUCUCUAGAAAAAUCAGUAAUCGCUUUCAAAUUAUUAUUUUUUAUUUAUUCAUUUAGAUAAUUCUGAAUUUUUCUUAUUAUGGCCAACUACAAAAAUUGUACUUCAUUUAUUUAUUAACAUUUCUCGCUAAACAUUAUUGACGGUCCCUGAAAUAUUCAAAAUUCAAAUUUUCCCGCUCAAAACUAUGUUAUUUUCAAUUUAACAGAUCUUUUCCUUCUGUUAAAUUUUUACAGUACAUGUAUUGUGGCUCCACCUAACGGGCAACAAAGUUGAUAAAUUAACAUAGUUUUUUUUUAAAGCGAAAAACUGUCUUUUUGAUUUAAAAAAGACAGAAAUAAUUUAAAGCACUAAGCCAUUUUUUGUUUACAUAAUAAUUUAAACUUUAUUGUAAGAUAUUUCAUUUAUUUUCAUUAUAAUGAGCACUGCAGUGCUCCCCAUUCACCGCCCACUUCCCAACCGCCUCAAACCUCCCUCCACAAAACGAAAAAGGUGCUUUUUCACAUACGACACCACUGUCUGACUUAGAUUUUUCAUCAUGUACGCCAUCGCAGCCAUUUAUCAGAGGUCGUUAUGCCGCGACAGCCGUUCCACAAUUGCAAUAUAUAUUAUUAACUUUAAGCCAGACCCCUAGCCGGGGGGCGUGGCAAUUGUGGACGGCAGGCGCGCGUCAUUGCCGAGCAUCUGAAACUUCGAGGGUGAAAAAAAAAGAAAAACCAAGAGCACCGCCUGUUUCCCGCGAAAAUUCGCUUUUGGCCACAGGCGGUCGCCGUCCCACCUGUAAUUGUGAACGUCCUUGCGGCAAUCCUCCCAAGAAAAAAAUGCGAAACCCCAUGAAAUGGAGCUGCAGCUGAGAAUACCGUUGGAGGAUCGGCGUGGGAAAACCCAAAAAAGGCUUCUUCUGCUUGAAAGCUUCCUUUUUUUGUCAGCCGGUGCUUCCAAACUCGCUUUGCUGGACAAAAAAACAAAACAACUAUAUUACAAAUUUCAUAAUCAAACGCUUUAUCCAACCAGCAUACUCCCAGAAAUUGUUAAAAAUUCAAAUUACCAAAUUAUCGACAAUAUUUCAAUUGUAUUCCAAUGAAGGCAAGUCAACGAGCACCUUUAAAAACUAUGAAAACAUUGUAACUAGCAAAUAAACAACGUUAAGCAAAUCAAGCAGAGCGAAAUGCGAACAAGCCUUGUACGAGAUUAUAAUAAAGAAAAGCAUUUAAACGAA